ACAAACGACUCGCUUCAGAACUCUACUCAGAACUAAAUCAAAGUAAAGAAUUUUCUCAGCUGCCAGCACAAUGAUUUAUCUACAGAAAUGUUGCUGCUUUGUGGAUCUACGCCUGGGCACAAUGAUAGUGGGCUUGGUCCAUGCCAUUGCUGAUUUGCUGGGCGGUUUCUUCAUCAUGAUAUUCGCGGGCACAGGCACACCCGAUCUCUGCCACAAGCUGACCAUUUUCUUGUUCCUAAUACACAUUAUUAGUUGUGCUGGCUUGGUUUACGGUGCCAUUAAGCUAGACACCAAGUACAUGAUUCUCUACAUAUUGAUGACCAUAGCUAUGCUCCUAUAUCUGAUCCCGCUGUUUGUGGCCGAUGCAAUACUCGCCAUUUGGUACUUUGUUUUGGUCACUUAUUUUAUAUUGUUUUGGCUCUCUUUGUACUGCUGGCUGGUGGCCUACUCCUUCUAUGCGGCCCUGGGCGGUACGCUGUUCCUAUAAAGCUCGAGGACUUGUCUUAUCAAUAUUAAAUUAUUAAUGUCUUUCUCUUUGUUUAAAUGUCAAAAUUCUAAUAAUUAUAGAAGCCUUUUGCCAAGUC